CCCAGAACAAAGAUGGCCGCCGCGGCUUCUAGAUUGGUUUCCUAGCUGUCAGUGGUCAUGUCGGCUCGGCUGCCUCCGCACGAUGGACCGGUGCUGUCCGUGGUGGACAUGCACACAGGCGGGGAGCCAGUGCGGAUAGUGCUCAGCGGGGCCCCGGAGCCGGAGGGCCUCAGUCUGCUGGAGAAGAGGCGCUGGGCGCGGGAUCACCAGGACUGGGUCCGCCGGGUGCUGCUGCUGGAGCCCCGCGGGCACCGGGAUAUGUACGGGGCCUGGCUGGUGGCCAGCGAGGAGGCCGAGGCCCACCUGGGGGUGCUCUUCAUGCACAAUGAGGGUUACAGCACUAUGUGCGGGCACGCCGUCAUUGCCCUGGGCCGCUUCGCCCUGGACUACGGUCUGGUGAAGGAGGCCGCCGGCCCCGAGACCCCGGUCAAUAUCCACUGCCCGUGCGGCCUGGUGCGGGCUUAUGUCACCCACAGCGAGGGCCGGAGCGGAGCCGUGCGCUUCCACAGCGUGCCUGCAUUCGCCUGGGCCACAGAUGUCCCGGUGGAGGUUCCCGGUUACGGGCCGGUAGUGCUGGACGUGGCGUACGGAGGAGCCUUUUACGCGUUUGUUUCCGCGGAGAGGUUUGGGCUCGAUGUUUGCGCCUCGAAGACCCGAGAUCUUGUAGACGUGGCGGCUGCGGUAACCAGUUCUGUAAAGGAGCAGGUUAAACUGACGCACCCGGACAGCGCCGACCUGGCCUUCCUGUACGGCACCGUGCUCACCGACGGAAAGGACGCAUACAGCGAGGAGCCCACUGCCAACAUGUGUGUGUUUGCCGAUUCCCAGGUUGACCGCAGUCCUACAGGUUCGGGAGUGACGGCACGUAUCGCAUUACAAUACCACAAGGGUUUAAUUCAGCUCAACCAGACCCGGGCGUUUAAAAGCGGCGCCACGGCGUCCGUCUUCACCGGAAAGGCACUGAAGGAAACCACGUGUGGCGGGUUCAAAGCCGUGGUGGUGGAGGUUUCGGGACGCGCCCACUACACGGGCACGAGCAGCUUCGUCACGGAGAGCGAAGACCAACUCAAGGACGGAUUUCUUCUUAAGUAACCAAACAGCGACGCGGCCGCAACGGGAAUAACGCUGUCCACGAAAGUGACUUUAACUGAGAUGUGUGACGAGACCAGCACGGCUGGGAGGCAGAUCAAUCUUUAAAUAAAUCACUACUUUAAUAAUUUGUGGCAUGGCCAGGGGUUGGUAUGCUGUGGAUACUGUGGUUUGGGGUGUUAGCGUGUAGGCAAUACUACAUACGGUUCCACUUUGAACACGUUACUAAAACGCCCCACGAUCCCUGUGACCUCUCGGUGUCACGCAAACCACACGUUAAUCUUUUUAAAUAUGUAAAUGAAUAAAAUAUUAUGACCCUU